AUGGGGCCCAUGCAGCUAGACCCUGUCUCGCCUGGAGCAUCCACAGCUACAGGUGAAGGCGCAGAAGCCAGGGACCUCCUGGACAUGAGCCCGCCGAAAAGAGGCCGCACGGACGGCAACAACGGGGUCACCUUGGAAGCCAUCCGCGACCUCCUCCGAGGAGAACUUAGUGUUGCAGUGGGCCAAAUGAACGAGAGAGUUGGCACAUUCGAGCAGAACGUUCAGACCCAGCUAGCGGAAGCCACCAUGCGCAUCCACAGCAUUUCGGUGGACACAGAGGUCAACAAGGAAAAGAUCACACAGGUGCAGGACCGGAUGGAGAGCAUCGAGACCCGCCUUGCAAAACUCGAACAAGGAGAACCAGCAGGCCAAGAGGGCACCCGCCCGCGGGAGCCCGCAUUAAUAAUGGGAGGCUUUUACCCGGACACCGAAGCGGAGAAGGUCAUUGACCAGGCCAAGCAACUUGUGGACACGCUUCGCCUGGACCUGAACACACAAGGCGCAUUCGUGCCAGGGGUCCGACGUGGUUACUGCAUCAUACCGUUGCACAAGAAGGAGAACGAAAGCGACGAAGACCAAAGAGCCCGAGUACAAUCCUGCAUCAAGCAUGUUAGACAUGCAAAUGUGACAGUGGGCACCCGCCAAGACGGAACACCGUCCAAGCUAUGGCUCAACAUUUCCCAGCCACCCGAGAAGAGGCGCAAAGUGCAGGUUGCCGCCAAGUGCAAGCGCCUACUGCUUGAGCUCGGGGCACUCAUGCACGAUAUUGACACGGAGUACUCUACUGGACAGGUGUGGUACAAGUCCACACGGGUGGCUUCAGCCGUCAACGCGGGGGCACCAGCCCUCCAGGGCUGGAUCGACCUGCCCACCAUCUCGGCCAAGAUCCAUGUUGACCUGGACAGAGGAAUGGGCGACCAGUUUCACAUCCCUUCGUCGAUCAAAGAUCCAGAGGGGAACCAGAUGCUGGCUACCUGGAAUGUCGGAGGAAUGACACCAGCUAAGGUGCUAGAAUUUCUUAAAGCGUUCAAGGGGCACAAAUCCUUGACACUCAGCAAGCCGUCGCUCUCGCAGCUGACCCUGGUCCUUCUCCAGGAAAUAAUCGUGGAAGUGGGCAUCUUCUUUGAAGACGAUGGCACAUGGACCGUGGUCAGCGGCAAAAAAGCAGGAGAGUGGAGAGGCACUGCAAUUGCCUUUCAUAGUUUGUACUCACACCACAACGCAACAAUCCACCCAAGAGGCAGCUCGAUAGUCCUUCAACGGGGUACCAAGAAGCUAGGAGUGAUCUGUGCACAUGUACGGCAUCAUGCAACCAUCGACGAAACCAGCACGAUCCUUGCCGACUUGCAGCGAAGCGAAGCGCACAAGCAACAGAAGGUCGUCCUUGGUCUCGACGCCAACGAGGUAUUCAGCCAGUCAGAGAGCGCACCAGCUUUUCCUAAGGGGCACACGGAUCGAGGGGAAACCAUCCUGGAAUGGUGCGCAAACAGCUCGUUCAAGUACCCCGCCCAGGAAUUGCACCUCCCCUCGCACUUUCCCUACUCUGGCCAGACUCCCAGGCGACUCGACUAUCUAGUUACACGAGGAGUACCACUUCAAGAGUACCUGUUGGAGAUCACAGAGACCGGGCACACUCCGACCACGAACCCAUCCUCGGCAUCUUCCCAGGCCAAAUCCCUCGCCGCGAGUUCCACAAACUUUGGGGACCGCGACACCUGCGCAAAGACUUUGAGCAGAAACCAAGCGAUGGCACAAAAAAGCUCAACGGAUUGGAGAGCCUACCGUGCGCAGAAGCGGCUCGCGCACACCCGAGAAUGGGAGCACUAUCUACUGGAUGCCAACUGCCAGUCGCACAUGCGAGACGAGCUCACCAAGAUCUGCAAACGUACAGAGUGGCACCCUUUCCAGCUUGCCGAGCUCAAAAUCACACAAGGCAGGUGGCUACGGCGCAAAGCCGCCGGACCCGAUGGCGUCAUCCACGAGGCCCUGUCCGUGGUCCUCACGGACACCAAAUGGACCCAUAGAAUCCUGUACGUGAUCAACGACGCUUUUUUACAGAGGUACCUUGAAAAUGGAGUCACGGUCCUUUUACCCAAAACGGGGGCACCAGAGGGCUGGCCAGACACACGGCCGAUAAUCAUAUCGUCCGCCAUGUUGAAGUGGAUCGCUCAGCUCGUACUCUACCGAACACAGCACCUCUUUGACCCGAUUUGCAAUCUGCAAUGGUGCGCCAAAGGAAAACAAUCAGUCGAAAUGCUGUUGGCGAUCAGAAAGAUCGCAAGAAUGGCACGCGACUGGGGAGGACCCUUUUUCAUACUGAAGAUAGACGUCAAGAAAGCCUUUGCGCGCAUUUGGCUAUCAUUGCUGCGCGCCGCUGAGAUGAAUAUCCAGUUCGGGGGCACCAGCGUCAAGAUCACCCAGAGCAAUGGAGUAUGCCAGGGAGGCCCGGACUCACCCGUGGCUUUUUCCGUCCUUGUUGGCGACACGCUGCUCAAAACCCAGUCUCGGGUGACAAUCAGUGCGUGGGGACCAAAUGCCAAGCUCCCGCCCCCUCCUCACCACACUUCGGGGUACCUGGACGACGUCUACGUCUGGGGCGACAACCCCAAACACGUACAGCAGAUGAUGGACAUCCUGGGAAAACUCUUCGCUGAACAUGGCUUGUACGUGAACCACAAAAAGACGAGUGCCAUCGCCAAUGAAGGCAGCUACACCUUCAUGGUGGGGGGACACGCUGUCCCUACAGAAGGCCCGGAGCACGCCCUGACCGUGUUGCCAUUCUGGCGGCUGCUCUCCACCCGCGCACGAAAAGCUUUUUUCGCCAACAGGAGCGCCCUCUGCGCGAACACGCCGCUGGCGAGCAGGCUGAAGGUUCAUUCCGCCAUCGUGCGGGAGGCCGCACUCUGGGGCGCGCCUACCUGGCCCCUACACGAGUCGCUCCUGACAUGCGCAAACACGAUUCAGCUGCGGAGAGGACUGGGUUACCUGGAACUCCAGAUCGAUGAGACAGGCCUCGACGUCGGCUCCCCAGAGCUUGGUUACAGCCUUGUUGAGAUCAUCUUCCGAUAUUGUCUACGGGCACUGAAGCUCUCGAACAUGGGCGUCUGUGAGGUGGGGAGCUGCGAUCGUCGUUGGGCAGAUCUUGAUUCUGAGGCGGAGGAUGUGCUAGAUCACUAUGACCGCGAGGAGUCGCUGCGACUAUUGGCCGUCCACAACUUCACGCACGACAACUACGAUCUGCAGAGGCUCGCCAGCAAGGACGAGGCAUCAGAAGCUUCAACGCCAGACAUCCUCCAGGAGGUUUCUCCCACGGAGCAGGAGGAAGUGUCCACCGUGUCCCCCACUGGGGACGAAUGCGUGGGCGACGAGGCUACCGAGCGCGAUGAGGCGGUCGAAGAGCGCCAGGAGAUCCCGAAAGAUGCGAGCGAUCGAGGGGAGAUCCUGAAGGAUGCACUCGCUCUCGCGAGGAGACUGCGGGCUCUAGCUGCCGCGGAGGCUGUGCCUCAUGUGAGGUCUCAGGCUUGCCAGACAGACCUCCAAGCCGAGCAGGUGAUGCGCCUGGAGGCCGCGCGAGCUGAUCUCUCGAAGAGACGGCGUUUGGAGCAGGAAGGUACCCUCGCAAAGCGCGAAGCGCAGCUGGAGGCGAAGCGUAAGCUCGUGGAGAAGGCCAGGGCGGAACUCGCGGAGGCGCAGCGGGCGCAGCGGAUGCAGCGAAGAAAGCAGGCGCAGGAGAUCGCCAAUCUCGAGGACAGCGUGCGAAGCGCUGAGGAGAGACGCUCUGUUCCACUGAGCGAGGAGGAGAAAGAACUUCAGGGGCUGCGCAACGAGCUGCAGACCCUCACAGAGGAGAAUCAGUCCAUGUUUGAGGCUGUGAAAUGGGUUCGUGAGGAGGAGGCCAAUGCCAAGAAUGAGAUUGAGGCGGCAGAAGCAGACGUGAUUCACUUCCAGGAUGCGCUGCGAGACGCACAGGAGGAGACCCUGGCCAUCCAGCGGAAGCUCGCCCUUUUGACCAAGAGCCACCAGGAGCUCGAGGCACUGCCGAUGCGGAUGGAGAAGGCCGCAACUGUGGCGAGCAGCGUUUGUGGCCAAGCUCUCCAGCGGCUUCUGCUGUGGCGAGGUCAGGUGCACACCGAGGAGAUCUUGGACCGCGUCGAAGGCUCCGAGAUGGGGCGCAGAGCGCUCGCGCACCUGCUGGGUGCUGGUUGUCUGGCUGCGGCCGUAGUAGGGGCUGUGCGCCUGCGCCACCACCUGGAACGUGGAUGA